UUUUCGGGCCCAAUGACAUAAAAUAUUGUAUGCCACACAGCGAUCAAAGUAUUAUCUGACAAAUGUGAUUAUAAUCCUCGCCUUCGGCUCGGAUUUUAAAAUUUUUUUAAAUUUUACUAUUUGGUAAAACAAUUGAAUCCUAUCAGACAAGAGGGGAUGAAGGGUUGCAAGUUAUUUGAGACACCAAGAACACGUCAAAAUCCGAAACAAAAAAAUUUGUUUCGAACAAACACACCCAGAUAAGUUAGAAAAAAAUCACGCCCAGAAAAGCGCUUAAAACGCUUGUCAAGAAUGUUGAAAUUUAAAUGAAAUUUUCCCAUAAUGAAGUUGCCAUGACAAGCAAACGUCAAAUUUAUUGAUAAGUUAAUGAUAAUGAGAAUGAAUUUCGUGAUAAAAGAAAUAUAUAAACUUAAAUUUCCGUUUGCUAUGCCCGGUCACGUGUUUAUAUAACUAAUACUCAUUGUCAUCCUCAUCAUUGAUUAAAACUUAGCAUAUUCACUGGAUGUUCAAUGUUUGCAUUAUCAUUACGUAGUUUAUGAUUGCUGUAUUUUAUGUCACUGCAUUUAUUGAUCCUAUUCCACAUUUACGCAUUCGACUCGAUUAACUAAUGCCCGUGACUUUAAGGUUAAUUACUUUCCGUGCAUCUACAACAUCAACUGCUUUGUUAGUUUGUGAUUUUUAGUUGAAGUGGCACAUCUCUAGUGAUUAACUUUCUGAUUUGUGAAAAUGUCAACGCUUAAAGGGUUGGAUUUAAUGAAGACUCUUGUUGAAAGAUGGGUGAAAGCUAAAUCUUUCGAUGCUGCGUGUGUCAAAGGGAUGACAUUUUUGUCUGCUGGGGAUGGCCACUGCAAAGCAGAGUUCACAGUUAGUGAUGAGCAUCUAAAUGCAGCUGGAACGUUACAUGGAGGAUGUUCAACCACAAUAAUCGACUGCAUAUCGGCAUAUGCUCUAAUGACGAAGGGAAUAUCACCUGGAGUCUCUGUUGACCUAAAUGUCUCAUUCCUAAAAGCUGCCAUGGCAGGAGAAGUGAUCACAGUAGAUGCUAAAACAAUAAAAUCUGGAAGAACUCUGGCCUUCCUCGAGGUAGAAAUGUUAAAGAAAGAAGGUGGUGCCAUUGUAGCUCGUGGACAACACACAAAAUUCAUAGGCUCAUGAACUUCAGUUCUUUCUCAAAUAAUAUCUACAUUGAAGAUGUACAUAUGUACAGAAUUGAAUGUAAAAGAUAGGGUAUGAAAUAUACAAGCGUGUAGUGGCGACUAAAUUAUGAA